AUGCCCGGGGAGGCUGCCCGCGCCGAGCUGCUGCUGCCGGAGGCGGGCGGGCCGGGGCCCCGCACAGAUCUGUCCUGCGAUGCGGCUGCAGCUAGCACCCCAAGUGGGGACCGGCCGGAGCACUGUGCCCUGACCCCUGGGCCCAGCGCCCUGGCCCUCACGUUCCUGCCCAGCAAGCCGGGUACCCGGCCCCCACCUGAGGGAGCCAGCUGGGAUGCGGGGCCGGGCCGCGCCCCGUCAUCCUGGGCAGUCCAGGCGGAGGGCGGCCCCAGCCCAGGGUCCCCUGAGGCUCAGCCCGCUGAAGGUCCUCUCCCCGCCUCCCUGGAGGCCCGGAUUGUGAUGGGCGAGGAGACAUGCUGGGCGUCCCCACUGCCCAGGGCAACCCUGCCAGAGCUCAGGGAUUGGGAGGGUGGGCACACCAGCCUGAACCCACCCCCCGAGUUGUGUUCUCAGGGUGACCCUCCUGUGCCUUUCCCUGCCGCAGACUCCGAUUCCUACUUCACGCCUCCCUCCACCCCCACCGAGACAGCCUCCACCCUGCUCCCUGGCACCGGGCCCCACAGCGAUGCCCAGGAUGCCCAGGUUGAGCUGGGGGACUCACCACCAGCCUCGCCCUCGGGCUCCUACAUCACAGCGGAUGGGGACAGCUGGGCCUCGUCCCCAUCCUGCUCCCUGAGCCUGCAGGCCGUGGCUGAAGGGCUGGAUGCGCCCUCGGGCUGGAGCUUCUCCCCUCCUGGGUCUGUGGCCGAUGAGAGGGAGCUGUCCCCUCCCGGGACCCCGGACACCUCAUCCUCCGAGUCCAGCCUCUCAGCAGACAGCAGCUCUUCCUGGGGCCAGGAGGGCCACUUCUUCGAGCUGGACUUCCUGGCCAAUGACCCGAUGAUCCCUGCUUCCCUCCUGCCCUUCCAGGGCAGCCUAAUCUUCCAGGUGGAGGCUGUAGAGGUGACACCGCUGCCCCCCGAGGAGGAGGGGCAGGAACAGGAGCAGGAGCAGGAGGAGGAAGAGCAGGAGGCCCCCGUCCCCAGAGGGGACCUGGCCGGGGAGGGCGAGGAUGACAGCACGUUCGCGUCCUCCCUGCAGUCACUGUCCGACCUGUCCAUCACGGAGGGCAUGGAUGAGGACUUCGCCUUCCGGGAUGACACCUCUGCCGCCUCCUCGGAUCCUGACUCGGCCUCCUAUGCGGGGGCUGAUGAUGAGAGGCUGUACAGCGGGGAACCCCACGCACAGCCCACCACCCUGCUCCAGGACAGCCCUGGUGAGGCUGCCUCCUGGGGCCCAGAGCCUACUUUUGGGGUAUCCGAGGGAGAGGCUGGCCAGGCUGCCGAGAGCAAGGACCCCAUCUCCGAAGUAAACGGGGCGGGCCCCGCUCCAGGCCAGGUGUCCGCUGCUGCUAUGGCCCCUUACAUCCCACAGGAAGCACCAGGCCUCACUGGGGUGACCCCUCAGGCCUGUGCAGAAGAGGCAGGCUCCACCAUGGGACCAGCACCUGUUGCCAUGAUGACACCUCAGCCCCUGCAGGAGGGAGACAGCGCUGCCUUAGGCUUAGAGCUCCUGACUUCAAAGGCAGAGGUGGGCCUCGACUCUCUACAAAACCUGAAGGAAGAAACAGGCCAGAGGUUUGCCUCUGCAGCCAGCUCUGAGCCCCAGUCGGAAGAAGUGGACCUGACAGUAUCCUUGUCCCUGCAGGAUGCAGGCCUUCCCUCAGUCCAGGAUUCUGCCUCCGAGGCAAGCCCUGAGCCCCAGUCAGAAGAAAUGAACCUGACAGCAUCCCCACCCCUGCAGGAUGCAGGCCGCUCUUUGGUUCAGGGAUCUGCCUCUGAGACCAGCCCUGAGCCACAACUGGAAGAAGUGGACCUGAUGGAAUCUCCGCCCCUGCAGCAUGCAGGCAUCCCUUUGGUCCAGGGAUCUGCCUUCGAGGCCAGCUCUGAACCCCAGUCAGAAAAAGUAGACCUGGCAGCAUUCCUGCCCCUGCAGGAUGCAGGCCUCCCCUCAGUCCAGGGAUCUGCCUCUGAGACCAGCUCGGAACCCCAGUCGGAAGAAGUGGACCUGAUGGCAUCCUUGCCCCUGCAGGAUGCAGGCCUCCCCUCAGUCCAGAGAUCUGCCCCUGAGACCAGCUCUGAACCCCAGUCGGAAGAAGUGGACCUGAUGGCAUCCUUGCCCCUGCAGGAUUCAGGCCUUCCCUCGGGCCAGGGAUCUGCCUCUGAGACCAGCUCUGAACCCCAGUCGGAAGAAGUGGACCUGAUGGCAUCCUUGCCCCUGCAGGAUGCAGGCCUCCCCUCAGUCCAGGGAUCUGCCUCUGAGACCAGCUCGGAACCCCAGUCGGAAGAAGUGGACCUGAUGGCAUCCUUGCCCCUGCAGGAUGCAGGCCUCCCCUCAGUCCAGGGGUAUGCCUCUGAGACCAGCUCGGAACCCCAGUCGGAAGAAGUGGACAUGAUGGAAUCCUUGCCCCAGCGGGAUGCAGGCCUCCCCUCAGUCCAGGGAUCUGCCUCUGAGACCAGCUCUGAAUUCCAAUCGGAAGAAGUGGACCUGAUGGCAUCUUUGCCCCUGCAGGAUGCAGGCCUCCCCUCAGUCCAGGAAUCUGCCUUUGAGACCAGCUUGGAACCUCAGUCAGAAGAAGUGGACCUGAUGGCAUCCUUGCCGCUGCAAGAUGCAGGCCUCCCCUCAGUCCAGGGAUCUGCCUCUGAGACCAGCUCGGAACCCCAGUCAGAAGAAGUGGACAUGAUGGCAUCCUUGCCCCUGCAGGAUGCAGGCCUCCCCUCAGUCCAGGGAUCUGCCUCUGAGACCAGCUCGGAACCCCAGUCAGAAGAAGUGGACCUGAUGGCAUCCUUGCCCCUGUGGGAUGCAGGCCUCCCCUCAGUCCAAGGAUCUGCCUCUGAGACCAGCUCGGAACCCCAAUCGGAAGAAGUGGACAUGAUGCAAUCCUUGCCCCUGCAGGAUGCAGGCCUCCCCUCAGUCCAGGGAUCUGCCUCUGAGACCAGCUCGGAACCCCAGUCGGAAGAAGUGGACAUGAUGGCAUCCUUGCCCCUGCAGGAUGCAGGCCUCCCCUCAGUCCAGGGAUCUGCCUCUGAGACCAGCUCGGAACCCCAAUCAGAAAAAGUGGACGUGAUGGCAUCCUUGCCCCUGCAGGAUGCAGGCCUCCCCUCAGUCCAGGGAUCUGCCUCUGAGACCAGCUCGGAACCCCAGUCAGAAGAAGUGGACGUGAUGGCAUCCUUGCCCCUGCAGGAUGCAGGCCUCCCCUCAGUCCAGGGAUCUGCCUCUGAGACCAGCUCGGAACCUCAGUCAGAAGAAGUGGACGUGAUGGCAUCCUUGCCCCUGCAGGAUGCAGUCCUCCCCUCAGUCCAGGGAUCUGCCUCUGAGACCAGCUCGGAACCCCAAUCGGAAGAAGUGGACAUGAUGGAAUCCUUGCCCCUGCAGGAUGCAGGCCUCCCCUCAGUCCAGGGAUCUGCCUCUGAGACCAGCUCGGAACCCCAAUCGGAAGAAGUGGACAUGAUGGCAUCCUUGCCCCUGCAGGGUGCAGGCCUCCCCUCAGUCCAGGGAUCUGCCUCUGAGACCAGCUCAGAACCCCAGUCAGAAGAAGUGGACAUGAUGGCAUCCUUGCCCCUGCAGGAUGCAGGCCUCCCCUCAGUCCAGGGAUCUGCCUCUGAGACCAGCUCUGAACCCCAAUCGGAAGAAGUGGACGUGAUGGCAUCCUUGCCCCUGCAGGAUGCAGGCUUCCCCUCAGUCCAGGGAUCUGCCUCUAAGACCAGCUCUGAACCCCAAUCGGAAAAAGUGGACGUGAUGGCAUCCUUGCCGCUGCAGGAUGCAGGCCUCCCCUCAGUCCAGGGAUCUCCCUCUGAGACCAGCUCAGAACCCCAGUCAGAAGAAGUGGACGUGAUGGCAUCCUUGCCGCUGCAGGAUGCAGGCCUCCCCUCAGUCCAGGGAUCUGCCUCUGAGACCAGCUUUGAACCCCGGUCAGAAGAAGUGGACCUGAUGGCAUCCUUGCCCCUGCAGGAUGCAGGCCUCCCCUCAGUCCAGGGAUCUGCCUCUGAGACCAGCUCUGAACCCCAGUCAGAAGAAGUGGACCUGAUGGCAUCCUUGCCGCUGCAGGAUGCAGGCCUCCCCUCAGUCCAGGGAUCUGCCUCUGAGACCAGCUCUGAACCCCAGUCAGAAGAAGUGGACCUGAUGGCAUCCUUGCCGCUGCAGGAUGCAGGCUUCCCUUUGGUCCAGGGAUUUGCCUCUGAGACCAGCUCUGAACCCCAGUCAGAAGAAGUGGACAUGGUGGCAUCCUUGCCCCUGCAGGAUGCAGGCCUCCCCUCAGUCCAGGGAUCUGCCUCUGAGACCAGCUCGGAACCCCAGUCAGAAGAAGUGGACGUGAUGGCAUCUUUGCCCCUGCAGGAUGCAGGCCUCCCCUCAGCCCAGGGAUCUGCCUCUGAGACCAGCCCUGACUCCCAGUCGGAAGAAGCAGACUUGACAGCAUCCUUGCCCCUGCAGGAUGCAGGCCUCCCCUCCGGCCAAGGAUUUGCCACCAAGGCCAGCCCUCAGGCCCUGCAGACUGACACAGGCUACACCCCAGGGACAGAGCCCAUGGCCACCGCAGCCCAGCAGAAAGGAAGCAAGACCUUGGGACUGAGGCCAGCACCUGAGAAAAGGGACCCAGACCACACUGGAGGCUCAGAUUCUCUGGCCUUGGAUCAGAUCCAUCUGGGUGGCCCAGAGCCAGCUGCAGAUGUUCAGAUACCUUUGGAAGAAGAUGCAGGCCCCUCCAAACCUGCCACAGAACCCCCAGAGACACCCAAGCCUGCCACGGAGGCCCCAGGUCCCCCAGAACCUGACUCCAGUGGGGAGGAAGUAGCCAAGGGCCUUUUGUCACCCGAGUGGGGAGCCUGUCCUGAUGCCCGCGUGCAUGAGGGUGAUGGAGCUGAGCCCAGCCUGCCCCCAAAGGAGGCCCUGGGGGCUGAGAAACAGGGGAGUGGAAUCCUAAAGGCAGUCGUCGGCGGCCCAGAGGCACGACCUGCCGCCAGCCGGGAGGUUGGCCAGGUGGGACCGCCAGGCCCAGUGGAGGAGGGAAGGGCCACCCUGGGGCCCAGGCUUCCCCUGGCUGUGGCCUCAGAGGCCAGGCCAGGCUCCUGCUCAGAGUCUCCAUCAAGGGCUGUGCCCAGACUGGGCAGGGCCUUUUCCAAAGAUCCUGCCCCAACAUCUCCACUGCCCUUGAGGCGACCAGAGCCUACACUGGGCCCGGGCAGUGGAGAACAGGCCCAGGCAGUACUCGCAGCCCUUGGCUCCUCCCCACCGCAGCCCCCAGAAAGCCCCGUAGGGGGCCUGCCCAGUGCACCCCAAGACAGGAGCCAGGGCCCUGAGCCCCCCGCUCCUGAUGUCCUCAUGGAGACGGUCCCACCCCCCGCAGCACCGCCUGCCCCCUGCCCUUGCCAGGGUCCCCGGGAAGACUUGGGGGAAGGCGAGGAGCCCCUGGGCUCUCCAGGCCUCCCACCGCCACGGGCAAGAGCCCAGCGGGUGGUGGCUGCCUUCUCAGGGACAACAAAACCCCCUGGGGCCGGACAGGUCAGCCUCCCGCCCCAAUCCCCCCUCCUCAGCCCCAAGGCGGCCCCUAAGGGGGCUACCCAUGCCAAAGACCUGGCCUCGAGGAUCUCGCCCCCCUGCCAAGUGCCUCCUGGCUCUGGGCCCCGGAGCCCAGCCGGACCUCGAGGGCUCCCAGCCGCCGAGCAGCAGGAUGACCAGGACAGUUUGGAAGAAGACUCGCCCCGAGCCCCAGGCUCCGGCCAGCACUCAGACAGCCACGGGGAGUCAUCAGCCGAGCUGGAGGAGCAGGACCUCUCGGGACCGCAGACUGCACAGCGCCCAGCCCAGGCCCCGGCAGGCAGCGGGAGCGAGGAGACCGUCACCAAAGCCAAGCAGAGUCGCAGUGAGAAGAAGGCCCGAAAGGCGAUGUCCAAGCUGGGCUUACGACAGAUCCAGGGUGUCACCAGGAUCACCAUCCAGAAGUCCAAGAACAUCCUCUUUGUCAUCGCCAAGCCUGAUGUCUUUAAGAGCCCAGCCUCGGACACCUACGUGGUCUUUGGCGAGGCCAAGAUCGAGGACCUGUCCCAGCAGGUGCACAGAGCUGCGGCUGAGAAGUUCAAGGUGCCCUCAGAGCCUUCGGCCCUGGUCCCCGAGUCAGCACCUGGGCCGAGGGUGAGGCCGGAGUGUGAGGAGGAGGAGGAGGAAGAGGAGGAGGAGGAGGUGGACGAGACAGGGCUGGAGCUUCGGGACAUUGAGCUGGUGAUGGCGCAGGCCAACGUGUCAAGGGCCAAGGCUGUGCGGGCCCUGAGGGACAACCAGAGUGAUAUCGUCAACGCCAUCAUGGAGCUGACAAUGUAGCUGCUGACCAGAGACCUGGCUCUACCCCUGCCCCCCAGCUCUGCUGCUCAAUAAACUGGUGUCC